AUGUUUGCUAUUAUCGACAAACUCAACCAGCAGCAGCCGGAGACGAUACUCUACUCGAAGCUUUACCUUGAGUCGCCGUACUCUUGCCUGUAUGUUUACCAGAAUUUAUCCUCGUUGGCACAGGACUUUGUGCGAAACGUUCUUUGCUACACUAUUUCGGCAGACGGCCCCAUCACUGCGGCUGCGCGAUAUCCUGCAUUUCCUUUUAACCCGCUCUCCAUUGUUACCGAAGAAAGCCGCCCACGCCUAGCCAUCGCUGUCAGACAGCUUGCAGAUCUUCAAAUUAUCUCUGUGGAGAAAGAUAAGACGCAUUAUGAUCUUGUCUUCUUUCAUAAUCUCUUUUCUGCGCUGAAUAAUCUGCCUUUCGUGUCAAUGGGUGGAUACACUUCAGAAUGCAUAAAGCAGCAUACUAUAAACCCCUUUACCUCACGGAAAAGUACCAAGAUGAAUGCGAAACUAAUGAAAGAAUUUGUUAAUUACUGCGAAGAGUAUCCUGCAUCGCGAUUUAGAAAGCUCUUAGACUCUUUGAUGGAGAUAUCGUCUCGGAAAGGCGACAAAAGAAUAGAUGAGAAGGAGGAGAAGAAGCUAUUGCGGUUUAAAACGAUAUUCUCCCUUCUUUCCUUGAUAGAUCAACGGUCAAGCACAAAGGUAGAGUCCCAAUCAUCUCUCACGGAAAAUGGGUGCCAAUUCAUGCUCGGAAGCGAUCACGAUCAGCUUUCUAUUAUUAUCUACCAGCUCCUACUGUGCUUCGCUCAUGCAGGCGUGUCAACCUCUUCCAGGUUUAAGGACUUUUAUUUGGCGACAGAAAGAUACACCAAGCAGAAGGAUCAAGAGAGCAAGUGGAUCUGUUCAGACUUUAACGACAUUAACAAGCCAAGCUAUGUAACGCACGUGGUGGGCUUGAUCAUGAAUCUCUGCUGCCUCGAUAUGCUACAUCUCCACGACAUUGAGACGUCUCUAUUUAGGUACUACUGUCCCUUCUUCUAUUGGAUGCACUCGUUUGGAUUGAUUCUCUUGAACCACAUAAAGCCAGGGGCCUACUCUCUGGCCAUUUCUCCCAUUCUACUUAACCUUAACGAAAAGUACGUAAGUCACAAAGACCUUAGCGGGGCAUUCUACAAUGCACCAGCAGAGUACUAUCGUAAAACAAUUCUAGGCCAGUCCACAACUCGUAAGAACGACAGCCACGAAGACGGUGACGCAGACCAGAUAGACUAUUCUACAGAGGACCUUUCACUGCUGCAGAACUACACCAUCACUGAGUCCACCGGUCGCAUAUUUGUCUAUAAAACUGCAGACGAAAACAGGAAUGAGAAGAACAAGAACAUAAUGUGCCUCUUGUGCAACAAACCCAAGUACACCUUCCCUCAUGUCGACGUGUAUGAACUCGAUCCACAAAACGCCAAAGCAAACCUAGCAUCUGCCACCGCAUCGUUUCUACAGAAGACUGCGCGCUUGAUUAUUGCGCGAGACAAGCUCCCACGUGGAGAACUUGUCGUCCCUCCGACACUUGUUAAUCAACUAGAGUUCCUCCAGCAGAACGUGAAUAAUGCAGAGGUUCUCAAGGCAUCUCCUCACGUUAAGGUGUAUCAAUUCCAGUACAUGUCAAAUGGAACCAUUAAGAAGAAGUUCAGUGUGUCUGGUGAAGCAAUCGCAGAGUUCUCGUAUGCAAUAGAGAAGUGCUCCUCUGUUGCUUACUAUAAAGCAGUCACUAUUGCAGAGGAGCUUGGCUGUCUGAUUUGGAAGCAUGAUUUGGCAUUUUCAGCCAUGCGUUCUCGAUGCAACACACUUAUGACAAGCAGCUACUAUCGUUCCCCCACAGUUAAGUUUCUCUCGCUUCAAGGAGACGUCCAGCGCACCAUCCUGACUUUGUGGCACAAGAUAGCGUCGUUUUAUCCCACAGAUGAUAAUGACAACAUUCAGGGGCUUUGGCUCCUCAUUCACGCUGGUUUCCAGGAGACGUUCGAACAGGAGUUCGAUGCCGAAAUGAUGAAGAUAUCUAACGAGUGGGUGCCCACAUAG